GAAGAUGAAGUAGCCGUGGCAACGCCGUUGAAUGUGGAGUUCGCUCCAACGAAGGAUGAAAUAAAAGACGAUUUCAACUCAGUCUCCGAUUCCAGGCGAAUCAUACGAUCACACCAGUUUAUCCAGGAUCAACGAUACUGGCCUGGAAUUGUGAACAUCUCUGAGAACGGUGAAAGAACUGGCAGAUCUAGCAGAAAAGCUAGUAGAAAUAGUAUGUCACCAUGGAUACGGACAUAUAAGGUCAAACAAGAUAGAAACGUAGUUCGGAAACUCCUACACUCACGGCCUGGGUCUGAAGCGGCGGAGUACGAAUCACCGCAGUUUAUGUUGGAAUAAUAAUAAGUAAUAAGAUCACAAUGUUAUUGAGGAUAAUGUAAACUUGAAUGAUAUGGCGCCCUCUAGGGUUCAUGUUGAAUACGAACUGUCUAAAGCAUUGUGCGUACUUACGG